CGACAACAUAACCAACAAUCUGUCGUAUGUUCAUACCGUCUCUUCGAGUUUUCCGUCUUUUAUCUGAAAACGGGAUUCACACUUAGAGUUCCAGUUCGACACGUUUCCCUGUUUCGUGCUCGUUUACUUACUUUUUGUUUUCUCCGACGGCGUUUAACCAAAGCUAAAUAUGGCAGAGACUCGCGGUAAUUUCCGCGGUGGAUUCGGCAGAGGAGGUUCCCGUGGUAGAGGACGCGGACGUGGUCGUGGCCGUGGUAGAGGCAAGGAAGCCGAAAAGGAAUGGGUGCCAGUCACCAAGCUCGGCCGUCUGGUCAAGGAUGGCAAAAUCUCUUCGUUGGAAGAGAUCUAUUUGUUUUCGUUGCCGAUCAAGGAAUUUGAAAUCAUUGACUUCUUCAUUGGUUCUUCACUCAACGAUGAAGUAUUGAAAAUCAUGCCUGUCCAGAAACAAACACGUGCUGGUCAACGUACCAGGUUUAAGGCUUUUGUUGCUAUUGGUGACUCCAACGGACACAUUGGAUUGGGUGUCAAGUGCUCUAAAGAAGUAGCAACAGCCAUUCGAGGUGCUAUAAUUUUAGCCAAAUUGUCUGUAGUUCCUGUAAGACGGGGCUACUGGGGAAACAAAAUUGGAAAACCACAUACAGUCCCCUGCAAAGUCACAGGAAAGUGUGGAUCAGUCGCUGUGCGUUUGAUCCCAGCUCCGAGAGGAACUGGAAUCGUCAGUGCUCCCGUUCCCAAAAAACUGUUGACAAUGGCUGGAAUUGAAGAUUGUUACACAUCUGCCCGUGGUUCCACUGGUACUCUCGGCAAUUUCGCCAAGGCUACAUAUGCUGCUAUUGCUAAGACAUACGCUUAUUUGACACCUGAUUUAUGGAAAGACGUACCACUCAAGAAGACCCCAUAUUCCGAGUUCGCUGACCAUCUUUCCAAAUGUCACAAAGUCGCCCAAAACGUCAGGGGAGAAGUUUAAUUUUAUGUUAAUGACGUGAUUUACAUUGUUUUGUAUCAAAUAAAAUGAUGGAAAACCUA